AUGGCCGAUCUUAGCGCAUGGGCAGCUCCUCGUCUCUCCCAGCUUCUCCCGCUGGAUCCAGACUCUCUUUCUCAGGUUAUCGAUUAUGCCGUCAGCCUCUCGAGGGAGGCAUGUGCGGACCACCUCAAAAACCUCCUCGGCGACUCCCCGGCCGCCCUAGAAUUCAUCUCCUCAUUUAAUGCACGCCGAGAACCCCAGCGACCGCCUCAGAAUCCUCCCACACAAAGCAGAGAUGCAUCGAGAUCAAGCGGAGGAGCCAAGAAGGGCAAAAAGAAGGCUCCGCUGCACAGUGCCGGCCCACCACGUCGACCCGACGACUACGGCGAUGUAGGAGGUGGCUACAAGAAAGCCGACGAAGAAGACUAUAUGUCUUCUCGAAAACCAGCUCCUACUCUUGCGCCAUCACCGCAUGGGUCCUCCGCCUCGUCGCGCAUUCCCUCCCCAUUACCCGCAUCAUCCCCGAAGCCACCACCAUCCGCGAGUGGCCCCACGAUCUCAGACAUGCUACCAAAUGUGCGAUCAAAAGUGAGCAAGUCAACACGUCAAGGUGGAGGAGGAUCGUCUUCCAAGGCAAACCCAGCUCUCACAACCAACGAUAUAUCCGACCUUACCGCCGCUAUCGCCGCGCUGGAGGUAUCGACGAAUCCGAGUCUGGGGGAGAGACGCAGUUGCACCUGCUACGGGUCACUGCACCCAGUAUUUGACCCGGCACCCAAUUGCCUCAACUGCGGGAAAAUUAUCUGCUCACUUGAGGGUCUACAGCCGUGCUCAUUCUGCGGCACACCGCUCCUCUCCGCUGAAGAAGUGCAAGGUAUGAUUCGGGAACUACGGGCGGAACGCGGACAAGAGAAGAUGCGCGUACACAAUGAAGGUGUUCAUCAUGAAGGGGCCCCUAGGCCUACUGGCGGGGCCGAACCUCCCAGCAACCUGGAUGCCGCGAGAGCACAUCGGGACAAGCUGCUCCAGUUCCAAGCGCAAAAUGCGCGUCGGACCAAGGUUGUUGAUGAAACAGCAGAUUUCGAGACUCCGAAUGUUGCCUCAACCUUGUGGAUGACACCCACACAGCGAGCACUGGCACUCAAGAAGCAGCAGCGCAUUCAGCGCGAGAUGGACGAGAAGGCUCGUCCUGAGUGGGAGAGGAAGAAGACUGUCAUGAGUCUUGAUAUAACGGGUGGCAAGGUCCGCCGAGUCUAUCAUUCCGCACCGGCAGAACCAACCCCAGAGGCCAGUGAGCCUGAACCUGUUGAUGAAAGAGGUGCGGCGGACACCCCGCGAGGACAACAUGCUUUCAGCCGCAACCCCCUUCUCGCAGCUGGUGGUCUUAUGCGACCUGUUUGGCGUGCGCCAGAAACAAAGCAGACCGAAGCAGCGGAACCAACUGAACGAAAACAGACUUGGCGACGUGUGCAAGAUGACAACGACGACAACGAGCAAUGGAUUUUGGAUGGAGGAAUACAUGGACACACCACUUAA